UAAAUCCGUCACCACCGUAUGAAACAUACCUGACGCGUACGGCUCUCCUUCUUUACCCUCAGAUGACUUUAGUGUGUUGAUUCUCCAACCAGGUUAUCGGACGAUUAAUGGCGCGCGGACGCGUGUCGCUAUCAGCUUCAUCGCCUUAUCACUUAGUUUGAGUGGAGGUAAAUAGAGGUUUUGAGGCUUGCCAAGAAGUGUGAUGUAAAGCUCGAUAGUUCGCUACUCUGGUGAUAACUGUAGCUCCCAGGAACUCAGGAUGUACUCUAGUUUACGCGCGCCAGGGGAGAGCGUAUCAUAGGAUUGGAUGCACACAGAUCGGAUGCACCUAAACUCUUUCACAUUACGAUCUAUCAUUAAAUAGUCAACAUGUUUUCUGUCAUGUUUUUUAAAGAUGUUGCGUUCGUUUUCGAAUGUUUCGCAGUUUUGGACUGUUUACUGUGCUGCUGAUGGUAUUGGAGUGGACCAGUCCAGGACUGCCCUCUCCUCUGUGGCCCAUUUGUGACCUCAGUGCCCUCGACCACUUCAUCAAGAAGGCACAGGAGGCUGAGGCCGCCAUGAGGAGCUGCAAGGAAGAGUGCCUCCUCUCCGUGCCCCUGACGGUUCCUCAGCCCAGUGUAGACUACAACGCCUGGAGGAAAAAGGAUUCACAGCAGCAGGCCCAGGAGGUGCAGUCAGGCCUGUGGCUGUUGUCUCAAGCCCUGCAGUCUCUGAAAGCCUCCAUCAGCAACGCGGCGCUACACUCCCACAUAGACAACAGCCUGGGCAACAUCAUCAGCAUUGGGCAGGUGCUGCGCAGUCUCAGCAUCCCGGAGUACACCCCCACAGGAGCUGGCUCGGCCUCCCAGGACACGUGGCGUGUCUCCUCGGCCUCCACACUCUUCCAGGUCCACUUCAACUUCCUGCGAGGGAAGGUCCGCCUCCUGAUAUCCCACGCGGCAGUCUGCCAACAAGCCUUCAGCUGAUUGGGUGCCAGCGUGGACCGGGGGCGCAAGCUGAUUGGAGCAGCCCGUGUCGAGGGGGUGGUACGUGGGACCAGGGAGGUUGCUGGUUGGACAGGACUCAGGGAGCUUUUGUCUGCUCAGAGACAUGGACAGACUUUUUAACCCACGGGACGGGGCAUGUGUCUCUCUGUAUGGCGUGUGUGUGUAUUAGAGACUUUACGCACUGCGUGCGUGUGUGUGUAUGUGCGUGUGUGUGUGUCUCACCAUGGCGGCCUCUGCCUCUUGUGCCUUCUUGAUGAAGGGGUCGAGGGCACGGAGGUCACAAAGGGAUAUGUUCAUUUGUCAGGCCCACCAGCCAGCCAGCCAUUGACCAGCCACAAGCCCUCCCUGCUACAUCAUAUGCACCGGCCAUCAUACACACCGUAUACUGGAAUGCACUGUUUAACCCGUACCCGUCAAUCAGAGACAGCCAGCCAAUCCCUAGCUGGGAAGAUUGACAGGCAAUCAAACCCCACCCGCUCUGUACUGUUCCUUUAGUUUGGAUGUUGUGUUGUAAAUGAAUUGUACUUCAUUGACUGCUGUUGUUAACUGUUGUUAUGUUAUUUAUACAUUAGAUGUAUGUUUCUAAUAGUCAAAAAUAUAGAAAGGGCUUAAUGAUCAAUGCCUUUCUCGUGUAGGAUAAACCAGGGCACUUUGUGUGCGCUGGUAGAUGUGUAUGAUGUGACUACGCUGCUACGUACCUGAUGUGAGUGUGUAAGAUAGUGGAACGUUAAGUGUGUGUCAUCUCGGGAACUCAACGCUGACGACGUUGAUGUUGAAAAAAGGCAACGGGAGGUCAUCUCGGGUGAAGGAGGACAAGAGAGAGUGCAGGAGAGUGUGAGAGACACGUGGAAAAUGUGUGUGAGAGGCGUGUGUGCAGCACAGAGUGAAUGUGUGCAUGUGUGUGUGAGAGAGAGAAAGGGAGAGCCAGAGAUACUGUAAUGGAAAGCAUGGAGGGUCUACGUGAGAAGAGCUUAACCCCUUUGUCAGUUAUCGGUCGACAGGGCCGCCUCAGGCAUGCGGGAACGCUAUGACACCGCUUGACGCAGAUAGCACCAGGGCCAGAAUAAAUACUGAUUGCACAUCCUUACUCUCACACGAGUAGUUUUAGAAUUAGUCUCGAAUCCCUCUCUCUCUCUCACAGUCUCCCAAGGGUUUUAGCUUAGGAAUGUUUGGUUCAUUAACGAGGACGAAUGUGUUUUGUCGUUUGUUUGUGCUUUGUGUGAAGACGGUUUUGUUUGCACUGUUGAUUUUGUGGUGUUGUUACUGUGUGGUUCUUUGUUUUUUCCUUGUUGUUGUUAUUAUUAUUGUUUUUUAAGUGGCCAUCAGUCACCCAGCAGAUAUUUGGGAAGGAAGUUUGUAAAUGUCAUUUCCUGUUUGUAGUGUUGUUUGCUCCCUAAAUCACCAAGCCAAUUUGGUAUUUAAAAGAAAAAUAUUAUUCUUAGAUAAAAAAAAGACUCAUGAAAACACGCAGAGAGGACAUUUUUGUGUGUGAUAAGUGCGUCAUGUUGUUCUUUUUGAGAGGUUGUGAGAAACGCUCAGUUAGGGGUCAACCUCAAAGCACCUGCUCCUGCGAACCCAGAGACCCCCGAUCCCACGCAGGUCCACCAUCGAACAGUCCAGAAACUUCUGGAAUUAUGGGACAGCUUAACCUCUUGUAAAGGAUGGUCCAGUGUACCCUACGCUAAAGGUGAAAAAGGAAAUAUUGAAGCACCUUCCCUUAGCAUUUACAGAAGUUGACCAGCUUUCAUCAUGGCUGCCACUUUCGGUUCAUUUCACGCACUUUGAAACCUUCCUAAGCAAAAAAAGACUGUCCGACCGCAGCCGGUGUCUGUGAUGGCACUGGUUCACACUGGCACCUUGUGGACACACUAUACUAUAUCAGACAAUUUAAAGUUACAGGCGGCUUGAACCGAACCAUACACUAUUCCAGCCAAUCAACACGUUGCUUCAGGAGCAUGGAGGCUAGGGGUGUCAUUUGAUCGGCUGUUGACCUCAAACAUCAACAACUUUUCACCAGAAUCUCGGACUGUACCUUUAACCUGCCCACCUCGUUAUCAGUGAG